UAGCUACCUAGCCAAAUUCUACACGGCCACCCAGUACAUAGAGAUGGUGUUCAAGGACAUUGUGGCAUCUUGGUGGCUACUCCUGGUGUUCAUGGGCAUUGCUAUGGUAACUUGCUUCAUCUGGAUUGUUCUUCUUCGUUGGAUCGCUGGCAUCAUGGUUUGGAUCAGUGUCAUCCUAGUGUUUGGUCUUCUUGGAUUUGCGUGUUACUACAGCUAUUCACAGUACUAUGAAAUGAAGAACCAGAAUUCAACAGCUACCUAUGGAGUGUCUGAAGCUUUCGCCCUUAACUUCGGUUACUACCUCCAGCUUAAGGAGACUUGGCUAGCCUUUG